UUCGCAUGAAUCCCCGGCUAUGAAUCCGCGAAUCCGCUACACGAACGUCAACAAACCCUCGUGGAUGUUGGUGUCGUCCACCAUGAAGGGGUCGGGCGCUGAUUUUGCUCACUCUCAGCUGGAGAAAUACGGGUGGAAAGAAGGAAAAGGAUUGGGAAAAGAAGAGAAGGGAAAUACAGAACCAUUGAAAGUUAAACUAAAGUUCGAUAACACUGGAAUUGGGCAUGAUGUUGGAGAAGAGUUCAAAUUCCACUGGUGGGACCAUGUGUUCAACAAAGCUGCUAAGAAUAUGUCAGUUGAUGAUAAGAAUGGGUCAGUGGAGAUCAUCAGGACAGAAGACUUACAAGUGAGCAAAAAACUAUCAGCAAAGAUGAAUAUGUAUAAUGGUUUUGUUAAGGGUGGGACUCUACAUAAAUCAGAAAUAUUGAAAGAUUCAGACAGUGAUUCAGAUGAAUCUGUAGAACGUGAUUUGUCCCACAAACUUACAGAUGAGGAGUUGUUUAAGCUCUGUGGAGGGGCGUACAGCGCACAAAGGAGCACGUCAUGGCCUGAGCAUGUCAGCCAAAUUAGCAAGAGUGCAAGAGCAAGAGCAAAAGCUGAUGGAAAAGUGGAAAAACACAGAAGAAGAACCACACCAGACUGCUGACAGAGAAAUGUCAAACAGUCAGGAAGAGAAGAAGAAGAAAAAGAAGAAGAAAAAAAUCAAAGAUGGAUACACAGAUGGAAGAAUCACUCGUCACAGAAGAGGUGGAAGUUCCAGAGGAAGAUGUAUCACUUGCUGCAGUUGGUGAAGGAGCAGAAGGGAAAAAGAAGAAAAAGAAAAAGAGCAAAGACAAAGACCCCUCAGAAAAUGAUGGGAUGGAUGAGACCGUAAGUAGCAUACCAGAAGAGGAAGCCGAGGGAACUCACAAAACCAAAAAGAAGAAAAAACAUGAUAAAGGUAGACAGAAUGAAGAAUGCCCUCCAGUUGCGGAAAUCAUCACAGACAUUCAGGUGAAAAAGAAGCACAAAAAAUCAAAGUAUGUCCAGAGAGAUCCUGAAGAGGAACCAAAUUUCUAUGAGAAAGAAAAUAUGCAAGCAGAAGUAAAUGCAAAAGUUCAAAGCAGUGAAGAUGAAAAAAAGACAAAGAAAAAGAAGAAAAAGAAACAUCAUAGAGAAUUAAGUGAAGACCAAGAAUUAAGUAAUAGAGAAGAAAGUAAUAAACCAAAAAAGAAGAAGAGAAAGAAAGAAAGAAAUGUAGAGUAACAAAAUAUAACAAGAAAUUAUUGGGCUUUUUUAAUAAAAUCAUUAGAAGUACUGAUUGUAUUUUGCAAAGCACAGAUUUCAUGAAUAACAUUAACCAUUUCUUUUCACAUUAAGGUAUCAUUCAUUUAUCACACAUAUACAAGCCUCAUCAUUAGAAUAAAAUUUAGAUCCACAU